CAGACGAGUGGUAUCGCCAACAUGGCGGCAGCGCUGCGCCGGUUGCCCGCGCUCGGAGUGUCCGUGUCCGGAGUGUCCGUGUCCGUGUCCGCCGGCCGGGGAGUGUCCGUGUCCGCAGGCCCCGCGGCCCGGGCUUUACUCCAGCCCGAGGGCAGCCGUGGCCCGGGGCCGGCGGUGGCGGGGAGCGGCUGGCAGCUGUGCGGCGCCGUGUGUCUGCAGCGAGCGGCCGUGGUGUCGCGGCAGCGCAACGGCAUGGAGAGCGCGUUCACGCGGCUGCUGGAGCAGAUGGAACUGGAGAAAAGUCUCUAUGCUGAUCAUGAGCUACGAGUCUUUGAAGCCGAAGAAAGAAUUCGUCGGAGGCAGGCAAAUAAUUAUGAUUCUGAUGAAGAGGAGGAUGCUGGCCAAGACAUUGUGACCAGCCAAGAUCUGGAGGAUAUGUGGGAACAGAAACUCAGGCAGUUCAAACCUGCUGCUAGAGUGCAAGAAGCUGACAAGCGGAAUGAUAGAUCAACACUGAACAGGCGACUGGAUGAAAAACUGCUGUUGUUAGUAAAAGAAAAAGUGGGGGAUGAAGAGAUCUGGUUGCUGCCACAGAGUUACUGGACGCCAGGGGAAACCAUGAGGCAGACUGCAGAACGUACCUUGUCGACGCUGGCUGGAAAUGAAUUGCAAGCUGUUUUUAUGGGCAAUGCUCCAACCGGUGUCUAUAAAUACAAGUAUCCCAGGGCGAUACAAACUUCCAGUAACGUCGGAACCAAAGUGUUUUUCUUUAAAGCCUUGCUGAUAAACGGAGAUCUUAAGACAAGAAAGAAAGAGGACCAUGUGUGGGUAACCAAGAGUGAACUGAAGGACUACCUCAAACCAAACUACUUGAAACAAGUUAAUCGCUUCAUCUUUGAUAGCUCGACAAUAUAUGUAUAGAAAAGUUAUUUUGUUAAAAUUAGAAUUAUUAUCAACAUUAAAUUAUAAAUCAAA